UACCUAUGUAUGUGUGUGGGUAUAAAGUCCUUUUUUUUAAUUGUUAGGAAAACUCAGAAUAAGAAAGUGCAAGUAUUUGUACUCUACUCUUUGAAUGAAGGCUAAAAUUUCAAAGCAGUUAAAUCACUUGCCAAAAUGGUACAAGUUCUACAGUUCUCAAUCUUGGUAGGAAUCAAAAAUUUUAAAGGACAUUUAUUUUUUAUUUAUGCAAAAUCUUUGGCCCAGUGCAAUGUGUUUCUGAAUUAGCAGAUAGAUCUGAGAGAGGCUUGGACAUCUGUAUAUUUACAAAACUUCAUAGGGGGUUAAAGGUAGUUGGAGGUAACAAGAUGGUGCAGAAACAAGGACUUCAGAGUUAAGGCCACUGAUCUUCCUAAAAUAUCACUUCUUUUCUUCUCUCUGAAGAUUAAUCCUUUGUCAACUGCAUCUUACCUACUCUAGUAUGGUGAUGAAUAACAGUGUGACUGAAUUCAUUCUGUUUGGGUACCCAUGGGAUGAAGGAAAGCAGAAAGUGAAAUUUGAGGUUUUCUUGGUUCUUUACAUUGUGACAUUGUUGGGGAACUUUCUCAUUGUAGUGACUAUUAAAACAAGUAGGACUGCUGGGAGUCCCAUGUACCUCUUCCCAUUCUAUCUGUCCUUUGCUGAUGCCUGCUUCUCUAUGACCACAGCCCCCAGAUUGAUUGUGGAUGCCCUUUCUCAGAAGAAGACCAUUUCCUUCAAUGAGUGCUUGACUCAGGUCUUUGCAGUCCAUUUCUUUGGCUUCACAGAGGUCUUUGUGCUCAUCCUCACGGCCUUUGAUCACUAUGCAGCCAUUUGUAAGCCCUUGUGGUACGCAACCACCAUGAGCCAGCAAGUUUGUGUUGUGUUGGUGAUUACGGCCUGGGUGGGAUCUAGUAUCCACUCUUCAGCACAGAUUUUCCUGACUUUGAGAUUGCCCUUGUGUGGCCCUAAUGUGAUUGACCACUAUUUCUGUGACUUGCUGCCCUUGUUGAAACUUACCUGCAUGGACACAUUUAUGACAAAUUUGCUAGUUGUUUCUAAUAAUGGGGCUAUCUGCAUGGUGAGUUUCAUAAUUCUGCUUAUGUCCUAUGUUGUCAUCUUGUUAUCUCUGAGAAAUCACAGUGCAGAACAAAACAAAAAAUUUCUUUCCACGUGCACCUCCAACUUUAUUGUGGUUGUCAUAUCUUUUGGCCCAUGUAUAUUUAUAUACACAUGUCCACCACCCACAUUUCCAAUAGACAAGAUGGUGGCUGUGUUUUAUACAAUUGGGACACCCUUGCUCAAACCUCUGAUUUAUACACUGAGGAAUGUAGAAAUGAAAAAUGCCGUGAAAAAGUUAUGGUGUAGCAAAGUAUGACUUCAGUUGAUCAAUGAUAUAUGG